AUGUCGUACCAUCCUCAACCCGGCUUCCAGUACUCGCCCUCGACGUUCUCGUCGUCUCAGCGGCAGCAGCAACCGACCAUGGCCAACAUCCUGAACCACCAGGACUCGUACAGCGUGAGCGCGACGCAGCAGCAACAGCUUGUGGGAGAUGAGGAGUACAACCGUCUUCUCAAGAACUACAAGCUCGCACACUUGCGGAUCGAGGAGCAACGGACGGCUAUGCUGGAGCAGGAGAAGCAGAACGCCGCUCUGCGAAAGCACAUUAUGCUGCUGGAAGGCGGAGACUCGGGUGGAGCGACUGUCAUCGGUGUGCACUCGGCGGGAGGUGGCGGAGGAAGCACAGUUGACGAUUUCACGAUCAAGAACUCGUCCUCCUCGCUCGAGCGGCGCAUCAACCGCUGGGCCGCCGACACCCUCGCCGCACACAUGCGAUCCGCUCCUCCUCCCCCGCCCGGAACCGACCCUUCAGCAUUCCAGCACCUCGCUCUCGUUCCGCUCGCCGAAGCGCUCUACCAGGACGUCGACAACGUCGCCGCCUCGCCCUUCAUCGUCGGACUGAGCCAGAUGGGCUUCGACUACCCCGGCUUGGGAAUCGUCGUGCAGAGCUUGCUGCGGCACGUCAUGAGCCAGCUGCUUUGCGAUGGUAUCGUCAACAAGCUGCUCGUCACGAACUCGGAGGAUGCGAAUCAGGAGUUGACGAAGCUGCACGAGCAGCUCUUCCACCGCGAACCGCUCGUCGCCUCCGUCUGGCGCCGACAAACCUUCUCCGCCGCCGUCGACUCGCUCGACCCUGAAAUGUCGCUCUCGCUCUUCCGCGAGCACAUGCCACACGUCUUCUCGCUCAUCAACCCUUCGCCGACUAUCGCGCCUGAACUCGAAGCCGUCCUGGACGCGAGUUACGUUUACAGCCGCAUGCUGCACAAGAGCUACUCGCCGGGCGGUGCGCUCGAAGGAAGCGGGUUCUACAGGAGCUUCGUGUGCCAGGUCGGUAGCCCACUUGACCCGACUCAGCUUGAACUGAUCAAGAAGUGCUACCGUACUGAGCGAGGCGAACCCGAGCGAGUCGGCGCCUGUCUCUUCCCCGGUCUCGUCAAGGAGACAGCGAUCGACACGACACCUCUUCCUUCGCUCUCGAUUCGACACGGUCCUGGAGCGCAGAACGGUCGACAGCCGCUCAAGAAGCGCGAGACGCGGACGCUGGUCGUCCGGCGGGCGCAAGUAAUCUGCGAGUGCGCUCUCGCAGCCGCGCACGGAGUCGGCGGCGCAGGUCGUCAGGCGCCCAUCCACCCUUCCGCUUCUCUUUCGCCUCAACCGCAGUGA